CUCCAGUCUAUCAAGUGGCCUUAUAUAUUGUGACUCUCUUAGCCUUGAGGUUCAUGGUGGAGGCCUUUGAUUUUUUCUUUUUAAGAAUUUACUUUUUUUAGAACAGUUUUAGGUUUACAACAAAACUAAGAGUGAGGUACAGAGAUGUCUCCACACAUGCAGCUUCUCCCCUUUUAUCAACAUCACUCACCAGAAUGGUACAUUUUUUUACCAAGGAUCAACCUACAUUGAUACAUUAUAAUUAUCCAAAGUCUACAGCUUACCCUAGGGUUCACUCUUGGUGUUGUACAAUCUAUGGGUUUGGGUAAAAGUAUAACGACAGGUAUUCAUCAUUAUAACAUCAUACAGAGUAUUUUCACUGCCCUAGAAAUCCUCUAUGCUCUAUUUAUUCAUCCCUCCCUGGAGGCCUUUUUUAGGACAGGUGAAAGAUUAGAUCGGUCCAAUAUGUGGACCUCCCAGAGUGAGAUUUUUUGCAAAAAGCGUGAAGGGAUACAUAAGAAUAAAGAUGGAAAAGGAAUCCACGGGAUUUAUUGAAGGAAUAAUGUUCUAGAAAUCAAUGGGGAGACUCUAGUCCUAAUGUUGCCACUAACUCACUAGACGACUCUGGGCAGACAGUAAAAUUGCUCUGCAUCUCAAUUCUCCACUUGAUAAAAUACAGGCAUUAGAAUAGAGGAUUAAUGAUGCCUCCGACCUUAUUGUACUCUAAUUGUUAAAUUGCCCAAAUUAAAUUAUUUGUAUGAUAGGAAAAAAUCUUUAAAAAUAAUAACUGUCAUGAACUCUGUAAGAAAUAGAUAAUUUUAAAUGGAUAAAUUCCACUAUGGCUAGUAAAAUCCUCUAGGAAUAAGUCAGAGAAUAACAUUAGUAGAAAAUAUUAAGCUAACCAUCAAAAUAUUAUUCCCCGUUUAGAUACAUGGCAAGAAAUAUAAAGACUUCAACGUACAUAAAUAUCUGACAGAACUAUUGAGCUUUAUACAAAAUCUGUCAUAUAAAUUGCAUUUUAAGUGUAACAAACCACCAGUUUUAACAAUGGACACUGGCUAUAUGCUAGUACUAAACCCAGUCAGAGAAUAAGCAGUCCACUUCUAACUAAUAGACGUUUCCACAAAGUAUCUAAGAAUAAUACGAUCUUAAGGACUUGAACAAUUUAAUCUGAAGAAAAAUAUUGUAGUAUUUAUAACAAGUAUCUAUAAAAGAUAAGCAAACAUGUUUGCACUCAACAUUUAUGAUAAAACAAAAAUUCAAGAAAUCCAAGAGGAUCUAAAUAUCAUGAGCAUGGAAUAAAAUAGGCUCUGGAUUUAUAGAAGAAAAACUGCUCCUAAAUAAUCUCCAGACUCUAUUUUAUCAAUAACAGAAAUCUGACUGAGUUGUGAGAGUAGAAUUUCUGAAUAGAAAAAUUCACGUUGCCUGUGAAUUGUGUUCUGAAGAUGAAAGGAAAUAUGUAGGAACAUAAGGUGUUCCUUUAAGAGUUGUCAGAUCAUAAUAAUUGUGUGCCGAGACAGUCAUCAGAAAUUAAUUCUUCUAUUAAGAGUUGAUUGAAGACACUAACCUAAUGUAGGUCCUUUUGAGGAGGCAUUGUUAAUGGAAGAAAACUAGUAGGAAAAGCCUGAGGGGAAAUGAAUCCAGUCCAGCAUGAAAAAAUCUGCACCAGGUUUGAAAAAUCACCCCAUCCUUCUGUGUAAGUAAGAUGCUAAGAAACACAACUACUUUUUGAAUCUAAGUCCCUGUGUUUUCCGAGAAGGAGCUGUAAGAGGGGCAGGGGCAGAGAUGGCAUCCGGGGACUCUGAGGCACCCACUCCCUUCUGAGUCAGACAGAGGUCAGGAUCAUCCUGGGACCAGACCACCAGCACGGCAUCAGAGCGUGUCCUCUAAAUGAGAUGAAGGCACUUCAGAAAAUUAACUACCUUCUCAUCUUCUACCUCAGUUUCUCACCGUUCAUCUACAUAAAAAAUUCCUUUUGCAAUAAAAAUGACACCAAUUGCCUCUCAAAUUCUUGCCAAAGCAAUUCUACAUGCAAUGGUUUUUCGAAAGACAGUGAUUGCCGUUGUUCAGACACAGCCUCUAAUUUGGACAAAGGCUGUGACAACAUGAAAGAUCCUUGCUUCUCCAGUCCCUGUCAAGGAAAUGCCACUUGUGUGAACACUCCAGGAGAAAGGAGCUUUCUGUGCAAAUGUCCUCCUGGGUAUAACGGGACAACCUGUGAAACUGUCACUAGUUCCUGUGGCAUGAACUCCUGCCAACACGGAGGUAUCUGCCGUCAGGACCCUGUUCACCCUGUCUGCCUCUGCCCUGCUGGAUAUGCUGGAAGAUUCUGUGAGAUGGACCAUGAUGAGUGUGCUUCCAGCCCUUGCCACAAUGGCGCUGUGUGCCAGGAUGGACUCAAUGGCUACUCCUGCUUCUGUGUCCCAGGAUUUCAAGGCAGGCACUGCGACUUGGAAGUGGAUGAGUGUGUUUCAGAUCCCUGCAAGAAUGCGGGGACGUGCCUCAAUGAGAUAGGAAGAUACACUUGUGUUUGUCCCCAAGAUUAUUCCGGUGUCAACUGUGAAAUGGAAAUUGAUGAAUGUUGGUCCCAGCCCUGCCUAAAUGGUGCAACUUGUCAGGAUGCUCUGAGGGCUUAUUUCUGUGCCUGCACCCCUGGAUUUCUUGGUGAUCACUGUGAACUCAACGUUGACGAGUGUGCCAGUCAGCCGUGUCUCCAUGGAGGGCUAUGUGUGGAUGGAAGCAACAGAUAUAGCUGUAACUGCAAGGGUAGUGGAUUCACAGGGACACAUUGUGAGACCUUGAUGCCUCUAUGUUGGUCACAACCCUGUCACAAUAAUGCUACAUGUGAGGACAGUGCUGACAAUUACACUUGUCACUGCUGGCCUGGAUACACAGGUGCCCAGUGUGAGACCGACAUCAAUGAAUGCAGCAGUAAUCCCUGCCAGUCUGAUGGGGAAUGUGUGGAGCGGUCCUCAGAGCAACAGUAUGGACGCCUUGCUCAGCUGCCUUCCUCAUUCAGCUACCCUGAAGCUUCAGGUUAUGUCUGUAUCUGUCAGCCUGGAUUCACAGGAAUCUUCUGUGAAGAAGACAUCGAUGAAUGCUCUUCAAAUCCUUGCCAAAAUGGUGGUACUUGUGAGAACUUGCCUGGAAAUUACACUUGCCAUUGCCCAUUUGAUAACCGUUCUGGAACAUUUUAUGGAGGAAGAGACUGUUCUGAUAUUCUCCUGGGCUGUACCCAUCACCAAUGUCUAAAUAAUGGAAUAUGCAUCCCUCACUUCCAAAAUGGCCAGCAUGGAUUCAGCUGCCUAUGUCCAUCUGGCUAUACUGGGUCACUGUGUGAAAUUGUCACCACCCUCUCUUUUGAGGGCAAUGGCUUCCUGGGGGUCACAAGUGGCUCAGUUACAGCCGAGGGCUCAGUGUGUAGCAUAGCCCUCAAGUUUCAGACUGUUCAGCCAAUGGCACUUCUACUUCUCCGAGGCGACGGGGACAUGUUUGUAAUGCUGGAGUUGCUAAGUGGCUACAUUCACUUAUCAGUUCAAGUCAAUAACCAGUCAAAGGUGCUUCUGUACAUUUCCCACAACACCAGCGAUGGAGAAUGGCAUUCAGUGGAGGUGGUGUUUGCAGACACUGUGACCCUUACUCUACUGGACGACUCUUGUAAGGAGAAAUGCAUCACUAAAGCUCCUUCCCCAUUUGGAAAGGAUCGAUCCAUAUGUGCUUUUCCAAACUCCUUUUUGGGUGGUUUACCAAUGGGAAUGAACAGCAAUGGUGUUGCUCUGCUUAACAUCUAUAAUAGACCAUCCACGCCUUCCUUUGUAGGCUGUCUCCAAGACAUUAAAAUUGAUUCGAAUCAUAUUACCCCAGAGAAUAUUUCAUCUGGCUCAUCCUUAAACAUCAAGCCAGGCUGUAUGAGAAAGGAUUGGUGUGAAAGCCAGCCUUGUCAAAAUAGAGGACGCUGUACCAACUUGUGGCUUAGUUACCAAUGCGACUGCCACAGGCCCUAUGGAGGCCUGAACUGUCUGAAAGAGUAUGUGGCAGGCAGAUUUGGCCAAGAUGACUCCAGUGGAUAUGCUGUUUUUAAUCUUGACAAGAGUUACGGAGAGAACUUCACCCUCUCCAUGUUUGUUCGAACACAUCGACCGUCAGGCUUACUUCUAGCUUUGGGAAACAGCACUUACCAAUUCAUCCGUGUUUGGCUAGAGCAUGGCAGACUAGCAAUGCUGAAUCCAAGUUCCCCCAAAUUAGUCGUAAAGUUUGUGCUUAGUGAUGGAAAUAUCCACUUAAUAUCUUUGAAAAUCAAGCCAAAUAAAAUUGAACUGUAUCAGUCUUCACAAAACCUAGGAUUUAUUUCUGCUCCUACUUGGAACAUCCAAAGAGGAGAUGUCAUCUACAUUGGUGGCCUGCCUGACAGACAAGAGACUGAAGUCAAUGGUGGAUUCUUCAAAGGCUGUGUCCAAGAUAUAAGAUUAAACAACCAAAAUCUGGAAUUCUUCCCAAAUUCAACGAGCAAUUCAUCCCGGAAUCCAAUUCUUGUCAAUGUGACUCAAGGAUGUCCAGGAGACGACAUGUGCAAGUCCAAUCCCUGUCACCAUGGAGGUGUUUGCUAUUCCCUUUGGGAUGACUUCUCAUGUUCCUGCCCUGCGAACACAGCUGGGAAAGCCUGUGAAGAUGUUCAGUGGUGCGAACUCAGCCCAUGUCCUUCAGGAGCCCAGUGCCAGUUGGUGCCUCAAGGAUUUGAAUGUACUGCAAAUGCUGUUUUUAAUGGACAAAGCAGUGAGAUAUUAUUCAGAAGCAAUGGGAAUAUUACCAGAGAACUCACCAAUAUCACAUUUGGCUUCAGAACAAGGGAUGCGAGCGGGAUCAUAUUGCAUGCAGAGAAGGAGCCUGAAUUCCUUAGUAUUAGCAUUCGAGAUUCCAGAUUAUUAUUUCAAUUGCAAAGCGGCAACAGUUUUUAUAUGCUGAGUCUGACAAGUGUGCAGUCAAUGAACGAUGGUAUAUGGCAUCAAGUGAGUCUUUCCAUGACAGACCCACUGGCCCAGGCCUCCAGGUGGCAAAUGGAAGUGGACAACCAAACACCUUUUGUGACCAGUGCAGUUGCUACUGGAAGCCUCAACUUUCUGAAGGAUAAUACAGACAUUUAUGUGGGUCACCGAGCUAGUGACAAUAUGCAGGGCCUGCAAGGGUGUCUAAGUACAAUAGAAAUCGGUGGCAUUUAUCUCUCUUACUUUGAAAAUGUCCGUGGUUUCAUUAAGAAACCUCAGCAAGAGCAGUUUCUGAAAACCUCUGUAAAUUCAGUGGUUACUGGCUGUUUGCAGUUAAAUGCCUGCAACUCCAACCCUUGCUUACAGGGAGGAGAUUGUGAAGACAUCUAUAGCUCUUACCACUGUUCCUGUCCCUUGGGAUGGUCAGGGACACAGUGUGAACUCAACAUCGAUGAAUGCUUUUCAAACCCCUGUAUCCAUGGCAACUGCUCAGACAGACUUGCAGCCUAUCACUGCAAGUGUGAGCCUGGAUACACCGGUGUGAACUGUGAAGCGUUUAUAGACAACUGCCGGAGUCACCAGUGUGCAAAUGGGGCCACCUGCAUCAGUGACGCCAAUGGCUAUUCUUGCCGCUGCUCUGGAAAUUUCACAGGAAAAUUUUGCAGACACAGCAGAUUACCCGCAACAGUCUGUGGGAAUGAGCAGACAAACCUCACUUGCUACAAUGGAGGCAGCUGCACAGAGUUCCCGGGUGGAUUCAAAUGUGUGUGCCGGCCAGGUUUCACUGGGGAACGGUGUGAAAAGGACAUUGAUGAGUGCGCCUCUGAUCCGUGCUUCAACGGAGGCCUCUGCCAGGACCUUCUCAACAGAUUCCAGUGCCUCUGUGAUGUGGCCUUUGCCGGCGAACGCUGUGAGAUAGACUUGGCAGGUGACUUGAUCUCGGACAUUUUCACCGCCAUCGGCUCCGUGACGUUAGCCUUGUUGUUGAUCCUCUUUCUGGCGAUUGCUGCUUCUGUUGUCGCCUCCAACAAAAGGGCAACUCAGGGAACCUACAGCCCGAGCCGUCAGGAAAAGGAGGGCUCUCGAGUGGAGAUGUGGAGCAUGAUGCCACCCCCAGUGAUGGAGAGGCUGAUUUAGGAGCAUUCCGUCUGGCUGAGGAGAUCCACACACUGAGAACACGAGGACUGCACUCGAGUGCUUUUCUGACGUACCUGGAGACUUCAGUUUACAACUGGGAUUGCACUGAGACUGUGGGAAGGACUCCUUUGGCCUCCUUAAAGACUUUCAUAGUGCUUCAACUUGACACCAUUGUUUUAUUAUGUUGUAUUAGCCAAGCACAGCAGAGUGUUUUUGUGCUGGUAAUUUCAGCCUCAUAAUUAGCAAAACUAUCUUCCAGGGGACAAUGUCUUCUGGGAAAAGCUCCAGUGCCUGUCAUUCAUACUCUUUACUCUUUGCAACCUGGGGACAUUUUUUAAGUUUGCCUGUUAGCUGGCAGCCACAUUUUUUUACACAGAAACUACAGGGAAAAAAAAAUAGAAUACAUUUCUCACUCUUCCCAUCAUGUGGCGAAAGGUUUUAGUCCUAUACCUAGGAUGGGACGUACAUAUUUGUCCUUCAGUCAUGGAUUCCAGAAAGCCAUGGGAAGGACGUAUGGCUAAAAAGCAGCCAACAUCAACAAAUAAAAACUGAAAUGUGGUGAUUCUCCUUUCCGAGUAUUUUUUGCAUUUUGUGACAUUACCUAUGACCAAAGUAACUUCUGGGAGCAUUUGAAAAACCUUCCUGUGAAUUAGAUCUUUUAACUAAAUCAUCUCAAGCGCUACAUUUAAAGUCAUUGCUCUUCAUAAGGGGUUGCUUGAGGUCAAAACACUUCCCCAGACAGAAAACAAGAUAAAAGUAAAACUCAGAUUCUCAAAUCUAAAAGACCAAGCUCUUUCCUUCCAACCGCUUUUUGAUAAGUCAGCGUCAAACAGUGACAUUGUCUAAUGGAAAGAACCCCAAAGUGAGGUGCAUGCACUUCAAGGGAUAUGUGUGUAAGAAUAAGAGAAAAUACUGGGCCUUCUAUUUACGUGGCUUUUCUCCAAGGGUUUGGUUAGAAUUUUAUAUAUGCUUUGAAAUGCGUGUACCAUGCUAUCAAAGUAGCAUAUAAAUAAAAACUUAAAAUAUA